CCGUUGAGAGGGAAGCAAAAUCUAGAAAAAAGUAAAAGUGAAAAUCUGGCCCUUGAAAUUUGUUCAUUAAUUAUGCAUUGAUAAAAUACAAAGAAACGGAUAAUUUUGUGUGCGCCCCAAAGGACAGGCCGCGUGCAGAGAUUUCAAAGAAAGUGCUUGCAUUUGUAGGAAAAAGCGAAGGACAUUUUUCAAGUAUCUUUUAUUGUGGUCCGAAUCGGAUGUGCUGUAAUCCAUUAUUGCGAGAUAUACGACAGACACAUACACAUACAUCUCCGUGUAUACAUACAAUCGGCCGAGACGCCCGCGCUUUGCCCUUGGCUGCAUUCGAUUUUUCACAACAGGCCGUGAAAAGCGACCAAAGAGCUCGCCACUGAAGAGCCGUCACCGCCAUCAUCAUCAUCAGUGGGAAAAGCAACGGCCGCAAGCAUGGACAUGCUCAACCAGAUACUCAGCAUUAAUAAUGGCGGCGCCUAUGGGGGCGGCAAGGCUGGCGGAGCCUUCGAUCCACUCACGUUUGCCAUGAAGCCCCAAGUUGUCAUAAGGGCGCUCUGCUGGCUCUUUUCAGUUGUGGUCUUUGGCUGCAUUUCCUCAGAAGGCUGGACGGAGAAGGAGGGCAAGGAGUACUGUCUCUACAAUGGCGAUGGCAUGGCCUGCAAGUAUGGCAACAUGGUAGGCGUAUUUGGUUUUUUGGCCUCCAUGGGCUUUAUGGGCGGCGAGUUUCUCUUCGAGCGGAUGUCGUCGGUGAAGAGCAGAAAGCGCUACGUCAUGGCCGACUUGGGAUUCUCCGGCUUGUGGGCUUUCAUGUACUUCGUGGCGUUCUUGUACUUGUGGUCCCAGUGGAGCUCGUCGCCGCCACCUCCUCUCGGCAUUGGAGCCGGCAGCAUGCAGACGGCCAUUUGGUUCUGCCUCUUCUCGAUUGCCACUUGGGCCCUGUGCGCUCUGAUGGCCUACAAACGAUUCCUGAUUGGAGCCGGCGAUGAAUUCACCUCGGCUUUCGAGACAGACCCCGCCAACGUCGUGCACCAGCAGGCCUACGGAUAUGCCAUGGACAAUGACAACGAUCAAUACAGCGCCUCGCCCUUCGGCCAGGGGCAGCAGGGCGGCAUGGAGCCACAGCAACAGGCUGGCAUGGAGUACCAGCAGCCCACCUAUUAAGGCAUUUCCACACCUGCUCCUGCUCCUACUCCCACUCCUACUCCGUUGUCCACACACUUGAGAGUACUUGGGUUUUUUUUUGUAGCGCGAAUGGCAAAUGUUUUACACGACUACUAGCAAACACAAAGCGUUGGCUUUUACCAAAUACACCGAUGACGAACAUAUAAAACCAGUAACAGAAACAAUAACGAUACCAAGUAAUACAAAUUACAACAACAGCAGCAGCAACAGCAGCAUUUGCUUUAGCCACAAGAAACAGGAGAUAUAUGUACAAGCAUACAUACAUAUGUAUAUCUGAAUAAUACGAAUAACUUGAGAUUGAGAUGAUAACUUAUAAGCUAGCCCCCUAAGUUGAGUGUGCAGUUUUUUGUAGUGGAAAUUUGUUGCUGUAUACAGAUAUACAAAUAGCUAUUGCCGUAUAUAUCCUAGGGGAAUCCUCGGAUAUGCUUUCAACGUUGUUAGUUAUUUAGUGUUUACAAGUACUUGUACUCGAAUACGGUAUUUAUUACGACUUUCAGUUGUGCCAGGCCCUGGUCCCCCACAGCCACAGCCACAGCCACAGCCCCAUAUCCUCAGCUAGAGGGAAGGCAUGAGGUAUUUUAGAUAAAUUUACACACACACACACACACACACAUACAAAUCGGAUCCACAGCAGAGAGAGACAGCAUCAGAGAGGCAAUACGAGAGGCAACUUACGAGAAGAAGAGGGAAGAGAACUGCUCAAAUCACAUAUCCAAUAGCCAUCGCGGGUAUGUAUAUACUCGAUUGUAGUCUUAGGGCCAGGGCAGGGCCAUCGCUUGGUUAGAAAUGCAAUAACUAUAAUAUUAGCGCCAAAACAAAUGUAAAUUCUAAACUAACAAAUGUAGAACUGUUAUGUGGAAAGCUGUACCGGAACAUAGCUUGAGACAACUGCAGGAAUAAAGCAAAGAAUUGUUAGAGCGACUCGCUUUCAUCCAGGCUUGUGCCCUAACAAACGAUUUGUAUA